AUGAAGACAUUCCCUUUCCUCUUGUCCCUCCUUGCGACGACGAUAUCUCCCGUGUUCGGCCUACCGAGUGAUCAGGCUAUAGAAAGACGAGAUGAGUCCGAGAAGAUAACCACGGGCCCUGAUCCUCUGUCGACUGUAUUCAAUGGAGUUACGGUACCGCCCAUGAAGGAGCUUACAGCGUCGGAUUUCGAAGAGAGUAUAAAGGAGGACUAUUGGCCACAUGGAGGGGUCGACCUUCCCGAGCCUGGUGCUAAAGAGGGCAAGAUGGUACUGCCAGAUGACAAAGAAAAAACCGACACGAAGCCCGCACCUGAGAAAUCCGAGAAACCUAAGGACGAAAGCAAGGAUUCAAAGGACCCAAAUAAGCCAAAGGACUCGAAAGAUUCUAAGGAUUCUAAAGACACCAAGGACACUAAGGACACCGAGGCCCCCAAAGAUCAGAAAUCCCCGCCUAGGCCCCAAGUGCCCACCCCCAAAAAAGAGGUCAAGGAGAAGAAGUACAAUCUCUCGGGUUCAUCUGUCUCUUUGACGGCAGAAUCUUUCCUAAAACUUGUGACUGCAACUCAGGAUCCAUGGUUUAUCAAGUUCUAUGUCCCAUGGUGCAGCCACUGUCAGGCUCUCGCCCCCGUGUGGCAGCAAAUGGCAAAGGACAUGAAAGGAAAGCUCAAUAUCGGUGAAGUCAACUGCGAAGCGGAAAGGCGUCUCUGCAAGGACGCCCGCGUUUCCUCUUAUCCAACAAUGCAUUUCUUCCGCGGUGGCGAGAAGGUCCAGUAUGAAGGUCUACGUGGACUUGGCGACCUGGUAAACUAUGCUACCAAGGCUACUGACGUGGUUGGUGUUGGUGUUCAAUACGUUGACGCCGAGGCAUUCAAGAAGUUGGAGGAAACAGAGGAAGUUGUAUUCCUGUACUUCUUCGAUCAGGCAACGACUUCAGAAGAUUUCGCUGCGCUUGACCGACUCACCCUGAGCUUGGUGGGCCAUGCCCGAUUGGUGAAAACCGAUAGCAAAGAACUUGCCCAGCGGUUCAGGAUCUCUACCUGGCCACGCCUCCUCGUUGCUAGGGACGGAACGGCGAAGUAUUACACCGCACUGGCGCCAAAGGAUAUGAGAGAUUUCCGUGCCGUUUUGUCCUGGAUGCAGAGCGUUUGGCUCCCAAUUGUCCCCGAAUUAACUGCCACCAAUGCGCGUGAUAUUAUGGAUGGGAAAUACGUUGUCCUUGGAAUAUUAAACAGACAGCAUACGGAGGACUUUAUCCAAAACAAGCGUGAGCUUAAGAAUGCUGCUCUCGAAUGGAUGGAGAAACAGACCAGGUUAUUCCAGCUAGAACGCCAGGAACUGCGUGAUGCCAAAGAUCUUCGCAUAGAGGAAGCAGAUGAUCGUAAUGACCAGCGAGCUCUCCGGGCUGCAAAGAGCAUGCGCAUCACCAUUCGUGAGGAUGACAAGAAACAAGUCGGAUUCGCUUGGGUUGACGGCAUUUUCUGGGACCGAUGGGUCCGAACUACCUUUGGCGUUGAUGUGAAGAAUGGAGAUCGAGUGAUAAUUCAUGAUGAGUCGAACCGACGCUUCUGGGAUUCAUCACCAAACGGAGUCGAUAUCAUGCCCAGCCGCACUUCCAUCCUCGAGACACUCACCCACAUUAUCUCUUCGUCGCCAAAACUCAAGUCUAAAUCCACCAUCGGCUUCCUCGAGCACGUCUUCUUCAGCAUUCGCACUUCCAUCAGCUCUCACCCUUUCAUCACCCUAGCUCUAUGCAUAGUCACCAUCGCCAUCGCCUCGCUCUGGGCCAAGCGCCAAAUCCGCCGAGCAAGAAACACCACUGGAAAGCUUGGUGUCUCUGGAAGCUCUUCCAUGGGCUUCUUCCACCUCGACGGAAAGGAGAAGGGCCUAUUUGGAGCUGCUGGAUCUGGUCCAAGUAACGGAAAAGUCGACUAA